UGUAGAUGUGUCAAACGAAGUUAAUUAACUAAAUCGAAGUCCAGUGUUAAUAACAAUCUAAGUGUAGUAAAAUAACUUUUUAUUUUUUGUGAAACAAAACCAAAUCUACUACUCCGACGUCGUACAUCUGUUACUUAUAUAAACAAAAACAACAAGCACGUAAUCUGUGAGUAAACAUCAACUUUUUUCUCCACUACCCUACGUUAACAUCGAUCUUCGCUGACUUACAAAAAGACCAAUACAGUGUUUGAGAACAACAACAUUCUACUGAUAUAACUAUGCUACCGCAUUUUACAACUCGAUACAAUUAGAAGUAAAAGCAAUAUUUUUCGGUACAAUCUGGGCCUUUAGGACACAAGGUUUGCGUACAGAGAUAAAAAGUAAAAAUUAGAAAAUAAUAAUAAUAAUAUAAAUAUUUAUACAUUCAUACAAGUUUUUUUUUUAAAAAAAAAAUGCCACUAAAAAGGACGCCACCAAAGUCGCCAAAUGUGUCUACCUUAGACGUACAUCCGCUGCAGACACACAGUCAGUCCGACCCUGCUAUAUGUAUGACAUACAAGCCUGAAACCCUAACAACUAAAAAUACUCAGAGGAUUAGGAGAAAAAGAGAUCGAUCGGCGGAUCAAUCAGACCUUGACGAUUUUAAAAACACUAUCAUGAAUGUACUCAAGGACUUGCAAACAACUGUAAGUGAAAUCAAAGAGCAAAACGUAAAACUUCAAGAGUCUGUGGACUUUACGGCACACAAAUACGAUGAAAUAUUGACAAAAAUGAAAGAAAUGGAGGAGGAGAGAAAAGAAGAUAAAUUUAAUAAAAAUAAUAGUAACAACAAAUUAAACACAGAACACCUUCAGAUAAAAGGGCCUAAAAUACCUAUUUACUUUUCAGAAAAUUUAUCUACUAAAACCAAACGCCUUUAUUACUUAGCAAGAGAAUUUGCCGCCUAUGAAAAGUACAAGUUCUGUUGGACUACACACGGAAAAGUUUACUUAAGAAAAGAGGAAGGGACUCCGCUCUAUCGGAUUAAUUCAGAAGAGGAUAUAAACAAACUCAAGCUGGAAAAGUGACUAUAUAAUGGUUUAAAUAAAAUUCAUCGGUUCAUGUCUAUUUUACAAUUUUGUGUCAUAAAUGUAAUUUGUGUCUUCAUUCAUCAAAGGUAUUUUUAUGUAUUUUGGUACAACACCAUUGUGAUUUCCUCGACUAAUAUUUCUUAUCAGAAAUACCACACACCCACACAAACGAAACACACCAAACAAUUCUAUAAUACUCAAAUAUUAUGUACAUGCGCAACCCCGUAUUAUGAUUACACAAAAGCAAACUUCACUUACAUCACUCCAUCGAUCCACUACUACAUACAAUCAAAUAGUCCAAUAAUUAUGUUUUGUUGUCCUUUAUUAGAUUAUGGGUUAUUUCAGAAAAUAAAAUUUCUCUUUGUAAGACUAAAAAAUCCAUCGGAACAAGAUACUACUAAUAUCAAAUACCAAAAUUCGAUUUUCUAAAUAACGCUGUAAGUACUGAUCUUGACAAUUUUAUAGAUACAGAGUGCAUUAGAGCAUCUGAUCCCUCACUUUGUAAUUCUAUUUUACGAUGUACACGAGGAGAACAAGAUUCACUAAGCAUAUUGACAGUAAAUAUAAGAAGCAUUAACCAUAACUUUGAUCCGUUCCUAGUUUUCAUAUCUCAACUUAAAUUCCAAAUAGAUAUAAUUGUCCUAACAGAGUGUUGGCUUGACGAAAAUAGUGAACCCCCUAAAAUU